GGGGGAGCCAGGGAGUAGGACUGGAACUGUGACCACUGCCCUGCAGAGAAGACAGGACAGAGGACUCAGCCGCAACCAGCUGUGGAAACCCAGCCUGACUUGCAGUGGAGCAAAGCCACCAUUCCAUUCUUCUGCCCUAUUUCUCACUUCUGUGUGGGAUUGGGGGGCUUUCUUGGCCCGGCCCCCUGGCCAGUUUCCCUUCUGGGCAGAGCAUAAAACUCAGAAGCUGGGCCUUUGCUGCCCCCUUUCUAGGCCAUAGCUCUAGUGACUUGUUCAGGGGGGCUUAGUUCCUUCGAGAUGCCAGCAGCCCGUCGGUUCCCUGGCCUUGAGCUCUCCUUUCCUCUCCUGGCAAGACUGCGGCGACGUCUGUACACAAGGCUGGGGAGCAGCAGCAUGCAGCCAGAAGAGGGCACGGGCUGGCUGUUAGAGCUGCUGUCUGAGGUGCAGCUACAGCAGUACUUCCUUCGGCUUCGAGAUGACCUUAAUGUUACCCGCCUGUCCCACUUUGAGUAUGUCAAGAACGAGGAUCUGGAAAAGAUUGGCAUGGGCCGGCCUGGCCAGAGGCGGCUGUGGGAGGCUGUGAAGAGGAGGAAGGCCAUGUGCAAACGCAAGUCCUGGAUGAGCAAGGUGUUCAGUGGAAAGCGGCUGGAGGCUGAGUUCCCUCCUCAUCACUCUCAGAGCACCUUCCGGAAGCCCUCACCCACCCCAGGGGGAUUGGCAGGGGAGGGGACCCUGCAGAGCCUCACCUGCCUCAUCGGAGAGAAGGAUCUGCGCCUCCUGGAGAAGCUGGGAGAUGGCUCCUUUGGUGUGGUGCGCAGGGGCGAGUGGGAUGCCCCAGCAGGGAAGACGGUGAGUGUGGCUGUGAAGUGCCUGAAGCCUGAUGUGCUGAGCCAGCCAGAGGCCAUGGAUGACUUCAUCCGCGAGGUCAAUGCCAUGCAUUCACUUGACCAUCGAAACCUUAUUCGCUUGUAUGGUGUGGUGCUCACACCACCCAUGAAGAUGGUGACAGAACUGGCACCCCUGGGAUCAUUGUUGGACCGGCUACGUAAACACCAAGGUCACUUCCUCCUGGGGACUCUGAGCCGCUAUGCUGUGCAGGUGGCUGAGGGCAUGGGUUACCUGGAAUCUAAGCGCUUUAUUCACCGUGACCUUGCUGCUAGAAAUCUGCUGUUGGCUACCCGGGACCUGGUCAAGAUCGGGGACUUUGGACUGAUGCGAGCUCUACCCCAGAAUGAUGACCACUAUGUCAUGCAGGAACAUCGCAAGGUGCCCUUUGCCUGGUGUGCCCCUGAGAGCCUGAAGACACGGACCUUCUCCCAUGCUAGUGACACCUGGAUGUUUGGGGUCACAUUGUGGGAGAUGUUCACCUAUGGCCAGGAGCCCUGGAUUGGCCUCAAUGGCAGCCAGAUUCUACAUAAGAUUGACAAGGAGGGGGAACGCCUGCCGCGACCAGAGGACUGCCCCCAGGACAUCUACAAUGUCAUGGUCCAGUGCUGGGCCCACAAGCCAGAGGACAGACCUACGUUUGUGGCCCUGCGGGACUUCCUGGUGGAGGCGCAGCCCACUGACAUGCGGGCCCUUCAGGACUUUGAGGAGCCAGACAAGCUGCAUAUCCAGAUGAAUGAUGUCAUCACUGUCAUCGAGGGAAGGGCUGAGAACUACUGGUGGCGUGGUCAGAACACCCGGACGCUGUGUGUAGGGCCCUUCCCUCGCAAUGUGGUGACCUCUGUGGCUGGCCUGUCAGCCCAGGACAUCAGUCAGCCUCUACAGAAUAGCUUCAUCCACACGGGGCAUGGCGACAGUGACCCUCGCCACUGCUGGGGCUUCCCUGACAGGAUUGACGAACUGUAUUUGGGAAACCCCAUGGACCCUCCUGAUCUGCUUAGUGUGGAGCUGAGCACCUCCCGACCCACCCCGCAUCUAGGAAGGGUCAAAAGGGAGCCUCCACCUCGCCCACCUCAGCCUGCCAUCUUCACUCAGAAGCCAACCUAUGACCCUGUGAGUGAGGACCAAGACCUGUUGUCCAGUGACUUCAAGAGGCUGGGCUUGAGGAAGCCAGGCCUGCCCCGGGGGCUGUGGCUAGCAAAGCCUUCAGCCCGAGUACCAGGCACCAAGGCAGGCCGAGGCAGUGGGACUGAGGUCACACUCAUCGACUUCGGUGAAGAGACUGUGGUCCCAGCCCCACGGCCCUGUGCACCUUCCCUGGCACAGCUGGCCAUGGAUGCCUGCUCCUUGCUGGAUAAGACACCACCACAGAGCCCUACAAGGGCACUGCCACGACCCUUGCAUCCCACACCUGUGGUAGACUGGGAUGCACGCCCGCUGCCUCCACCCCCUGCCUAUGAUGAUGUGGCUCAAGAUGAGGAUGACUUUGAGGUCUGCUCUAUCAACAGCACCCUAGUGGGUGCAGAGCUCCCUCCUGGGCCCAGCCAGGGCGAGACCAAUUAUGCCUUUGUGCCUGAGCAGGCAAGGCUACCCCCUGCUCUGGAGGACAACCUGUUCCUCCCACCCCAGGGUCGGGGCAAGCCACCCAGCUCAGCCCAGACUGCAGAGAUCUUCCAGGCACUGCAGCAGGAAUGCAUGCGACAACUGCAGGUCCCCUCUGGUCCCAUGGCUCCCUCCCCCAGCCCUGGGGGUGAUGACAAGCCCCAGGUACCACCCCGGGUACCUAUCCCUCCUCGGCCCACACGCCCAAGGGUUGAGCUAUCUCCAGCCCCCUCAGGUGAGGGAGAGACAGGUCAAUGGCCUGGACCUGCCUCUCCUCCCCGGGUGCCUCCCCGGGAACCCUUGUCCCCUCAAGGUUCAAGGACCCCAAGCCCCCUAGUGCUACCUGGCAGCUCUCCAGUACCACACCGGCUCUCCAGCUCACCUGGAAAGACCAUGCCCACCACACAGAGCUUUGCCUCAGACCCUAAGUACGCCACGCCCCAGGUGAUCCAGGCUCCUGGCCCACGGGCUGGCCCCUGCAUAUUGCCCAUUGUCCGAGAUGGCAAGAAAGUCAGCAGCACCCACUACUACCUGCUGCCUGAGUGCCCUCCUUACCUAGAGCGCUACCAGCACUUCCUGCGGGAGGCCCAGAGCCCUGAAGAGCCAGCCCCCCUGCCCAUGCCCCUGCUAUUGCCCCCACCCAGCACCCCAGCCCCAGCUGCCCCCACUGCCACUGUUCGACCUAUGCCUCAGGCUGCCCCAGACCCAAAGGCCAACUUCUCCACCAACAACAGCAACCUGGGGGCCUGGCCACCAGCCCUGAGGGCCACUGCUCAGCUGCCACAGAGGGGCUGCUCUGGGGAUGGGCCAGAGGCUGCACGGCCAGCAGACAAGAUCCAGAUGCUGCAGGCCAUGGUGCAUGGGGUGACCACAGAGGAAUGCCAGGCGGCCCUGCAGAGCCACAGCUGGAGCGUGCAGAGGGCUGCCCAGUAUCUGAAGGUCGAGCAACUCUUUGGACUGGGUUUGCGGCCACGGGUGGAGUGCCACAAAGUACUAGAGAUGUUCGACUGGAACCUGGAGCAAGCAGGUUGCCACCUUCUGGGCUCCUGUGGCCCUGCCCACCAUAAACGCUGAGAGGUAUCUGGAGAGCAAGGGUCUGCCCAGAAGGAAUCACUUGAACCUGUCUGUGGGACAGGCGUGGGAAGAUGCCCCCACUCAGGCCUGGAGAACUUGCUACUACCUGCUGUUCCCAGUGGAUGGAAUAAAACCAAGGCAGCAAGAGGCUAAGAGCCCCACCUUGCCCAUCUCACCUACCCAGCGCUGUUCCUGCACACCUUGGUUCAGCCCUCAGUAUCCCAGCCAAGAGGUGGGAAGGAGCCUUGUGAAGGCAGGCUGGUGAGCUGCUUCAGCAGGCCCUGUGUGUGACCUGCCUCUCGCUUCUGACAGAGGCUGGGCUUGUGGCUGGAGUGUGACCCAAGGCCCUGGCCUUAAGGACUAGACUGAAAGGAAGCCUGGCUUACUUAGGCAGGGAGGAUGUGUUGACCACACAGGUGGGCCAGCAUCCAGUGGGCCCUUGUCAGGGCUGGGCCCUUUUCUAGGAAGCCUCUGCAGGCAUUGGCAUGUUGGACAGAAUGUGACUCAACAUGGACAUGUGGCUCUGCUGGUCCUAGGAUGUUGUACCUAGAAGUAGUCUGAAGUGGCUCAGGAAGCAGAGAAAGGGUACCAGACUAUUUUCUGGCAUGGACCAGGGCCCAAGGCCCCAGGAUUGGAAGGAGAUACCUAAGGGGGCACCAGUGUGCUUUCCUAUUAGACCCCAACUCUUCCCCUGUGCUGUUCCAUUGUUCCCACCAGCCUCUUUGGCCAAAGUUGCUGCCCCAGCUAUGGGUAUAUGUUUCUUCCAGAAAAAUAAAGUUAGUUUCUAUUUUAUGU